AAUAGAAAGGUUAUCAAUCCGUUAGAUACCCUGAUGUCAACAAGUCUGGAUUGCUAUGUUCAACAAGGUGCUCUGACCAUGUGAGUUACUGGGUGAUCGGUAGAAAAGAAUUGAACCACAUGGUAUCGACAUCUAUGCCAACUAUGCGUGCAAAGUGGCGUCUCGGUACCAAGAGUACCGCGAGACCUACGAUGCCCUCGGUUCGCACACCACAGCCCACGUAUACGCCACGAUCCAAGCCAGUCUGGAGCCGUACGAGCGGGACAGGCGAGCAACGCAAGUAGCUUACAUCCACGGCGACCCAGUCUUCUCCAACAUCGUGCUCGACGAGGCCGCUCGCAAGGUGACCUUCUUUGAUGUGCGAUCCCAACAAGGCGAUCGCUUCACCACCAUGGGCGAUGUGUGCUAUGACCUCGCCAAAGUCUUGCAAUCGUUGCAGGGGUACGACCACAUCGUGCUCACUGAAGAAGAGGCCUUGACCAAGUUAUCACAGGCUCAUGACGCUCAAGCGCAACUCUCCGCCAUUCUGAGACCAGAAGAUAGGUUGUUCCUGGGGACCUUGCAGAGGACAUUUUGGGACUUCGUGAGCGAUCGCUAUGGUGACAUUGUAGAACCCCACGAACUGCUCAUGCUGGUGGCAUCGCUGCUGUUCAGCCUCAUCCCUCUGCAUCGGCCGGCAUUCCAACCUUUGUUCUUGCACAUGUGCGUGAACAUUUUGGAGCAUGAGACCGCUUGCCCUGUUUGAGGCGGUCAUGGUGGCGUCUAGAUGAUCCUUCGAUCCUGGCUGGCUAGUGUUUUAUUCACGUCAUUGGAUAGUCAUUGACUGAUCCGCACAACACUAUAUGGCCCCUGACACCUGGUACAACUAUAUGCUUUCUCAUGGAGGUCGUAAGGCAGUUCUGCCCGGGUCAGGGGUAAUGUUCGGGCUAAGGCUAAUAUCGGUGUCAAGAUUUGCCAGGGUUGGGGGGUCGUGGACCGUGCUGGCUGGGGCACGAUCUACAAUUACGAUUGUGUCAAGAGACGGAUGUUGUGAAGGUGUUACUAAUGCA